GCAAAAUGAAAGUGAAAGUAGUUUCUGCAGGGGAGUUGCAGGCUGCAGGGGAAGUCCGACGACAAAAUCAUAUUUCUCCAUGCUUUUUAACAACUUCUAACUACACCAGAACAGUCGGUGACACUUUCGAAGACAACCAUGGCCAAUAUAUCAACAAUUUACAAGCUAUCGUUUCUAGCCUUUACUUACUUCAUACACGUCUAUGGGACAAGCUGUCCAGUUCUGGAGUGCUGGUUUGUCCAGGAGAAACCAGGUCGAGGUGGGGGAUUCCCUGCUGCAAUGAUGCAGGAGAAGGCACUACUGUAUAUCAAUACAGACCCAGAGAGUGAAGAAACCAAGUCACAGCAGGGACCAUCUGCAGACAUCAACCAUGAUAGAGUCUACUACAUCACUGACCCAGCAGCCACCCUCUGCAGUUCCUCUCUGCACCCACCAGAGGGCUCAGUCCAUAAGCCACAGUGCGAGAUCAACCCCUUCAUGCCCCAACCCUCCACCGUCCAAUGGGCAGUCCCACUCACUGACUCUGCCCACAGUCCUAUCUACCUACAAGCUGACUGGUACUCUGCCGCCUUGCAGGGCCUUGACAGACAGCUGGGCCUGUCCAGUGUCAUGCGUGCUCCCACGGCAACCAAGGAACCCGCUGUGGUGCUCAGUGUGUCCAGUAGAACGCCCUUGGUCCGUUCCAGACUCGGGGAACCGGUGGUUCUAGACUGUGGGUUCUGGAUGGAGGACACUUCUCCUCUCUCUGUCUCUGGCUUCGCUGUGGAGUGGCGCUACCAGUUCAGGGGCGAUGGCCGUCUGGUCCUGGCCUACGACGGUAAGAGUGACCGAUUUGCCGAGACCCAGGAAGAGGGAGCGGGGCUAGACUUCACGGCUCUGCACGAGACAGGAAAUGCAUCACUGAUCCUGCAGGAAGCUCAAGUGCGCCACACAGGAACCUACAUCUGUACGGUGUACUUGCCCUAUCUCCUGGCUCAGGUGGCUGUGGAGCUGGAGAUUGUAGAGCCGCCGUCCCUCUCCAUCUUCCCCUCCCCACUCCCUCUCUCCGUGCCUGGCCAGGUGGUGAAGGUGCAAUGCGAGGCGUCAGGAUUCUCCCCCCUCUCCCUGGAGUUCCACUGGGAGUUAACAGGGCUGGACGGUAGGGUCAGGCCCUUGGGUCAGGGCAGCGUGACAGGCCACAGGCAGGGCCCAGACAACACCUACAGCCAGACCACUCGUCUGGAGUUAGACUCAGCCAAGCUGGACCUUGGCCGUGGAGGGAAGGUCACCUGUGUGGCCGUCCACCCUGGAGGCACCCGGCGGGCCAGCGUCACCCUCAAUGUCAUUGGUGUAAGUGGUCCCUCUAUUGAGGACUCUAUGGCGAUGGUUGCCGUGGCCCUGGGGCUCUAUGGUUUGAUCAAGAUCGUCUCCUGGACAUUUAGCUCUGGGUCCGAUGAUACUAACUCACAAGAGAAGAAAGUGAAGUAAAUGUGUAAACACCUGGGAUUCCCAGGUGAGUGUGUAAUGGAACCAACAAAGCUGGAAUUUCAGGAAUAUAAGUGUACCGUUUGUGGAAGGUGGUACAUGGAAAGAAGAUAUUGAGUUUCUGACCGCAGUUGAAAAUGUAUGAUCUAACAAGGGGUCAGGGGAGAAAAAUAUUUUAAUAGGCGACUGAUUUAAAUAUUGACAUUACAACUGUGAAUUCAUCUCUAGAAGAACUCAAGAGCGUGUGUAAAAAGAUUGUGUGUACAUGUGGAUGUAGAUCAUUUUGUGUUUUGUGAUUGAACCCUGUCAUUAUUAGUUUUUUUAUGGAUUCUGAAGGUGAAUAUAAGACAAAAUCUUUUAAAUUGGAAUAUCAUUUUUUUUUUCAUCAGAAAAUUAGUAAUUCCCUGAGUGUGUUUAUAUAUUGUUUUCAUUUUGUUUGUUUUGGGUAAUAUUUAAUUUGAUCUUGCCUUGUAUAGACGGUAUAGGCUACAGUGAAUUGUUGUUUUGUUAUUGAUGUUCCUACCACCAUAUCAGAAUUGUUAGAUUAGUGUAUUUGCCAGGAAUGAGCAACAAUUUUGAGCAAAUGAGGACUAUUUGUGAUGGGAUGUAAUAAAUUCUUCAUCUUCAAAACA